CUUUGCAAACUCCAGGCUCCGGUCGCGCACGGGACGAACUGCGGGGAGUGAGCCGCGCGGGCCGCCGUAGUCAGCUGCUAAGAGCAGGAAGAGUUCGAGCGGCGGGCGGAGUCUGCAGGAUGGCACCGGACCCGUGGUUCUCCACAUACGAUUCUACUUGUCAAAUUGCCCAAGAAAUUGCUGAGAAAAUUCAACAACGAAAUCAGUAUGAAAGAAAAGGUGAAAAGGCACCGAAGCUUACCGUGACAAUCAGAGCUUUGUUGCAGAACCUGAAGGAAAAGAUCGCCCUUUUGAAGGACUUAUUGCUAAGAGCUGUGUCAACACAUCAGAUAACACAGCUUGAAGGGGACCGAAGACAGAACCUCUUGGAUGAUCUCGUAACUCGAGAGAGACUACUUCUGGCAUCCUUUAAGAAUGAGGGUGCCGAACCAGAUCUAAUCAGGUCCAGCCUGAUGAGUGAAGAGGCUAAGCGAGGAGCACCCAACCCUUGGCUCUUUGAGGAGCCAGAGGAGACCAGAGGCUUGGGUUUUGAUGAAAUCCGGCAACAGCAGCAGAAAAUUAUCCAAGAACAGGAUGCAGGCCUUGAUGCCCUUUCCUCUAUCAUAAGUCGCCAAAAACAAAUGGGGCAGGAAAUUGGGAAUGAAUUGGAUGAACAAAAUGAGAUAAUUGACGACCUUGCCAACCUAGUGGAGAAUACAGAUGAAAAACUUCGCACUGAAACCAGGCGUGUAAACAUGGUGGACAGAAAGUCAGCCUCUUGUGGAGACGUGGAGUUCUCUGGCUGCUGUGUCCCAGUGGUUAUUUGGUGAUCGUACCCAAUUCAAUAAUAUUGGUGAAAUGAAUUUAAAUUUGCUUAACCAACCAGUAUCCAUGAUGAAAGCUACCAGAUAUUCAUGUUUUGUUCCAUUUUCUGUCAGGUUACUUUAAUCUGUCUUGAAAAUAAUCUUCAUAGAGUUGCUUGCUGGUUGGGUGUAAGGCUUUGUAUUUGGAGAGAAGAUGCGGGGCAUGACAGCUGAAUAGCUAGUGGCAUCGGAGGACUUGGGGCACAGGAACUGGGGAGCACAUUCUUAAAAACAGCCAGAGAGCAUUCAGCAAGGAGAAGACUUGUGGCUCAAGAGGAAAUCCUGCUGCUUCCAAACCAGCUUGGUGAAGCAAGAUGAUUCUGCAAGCCCUAGUAAGCCAGGGCCAGGACUGUGAGCUGUGCUGCUGAAGGGGUUCAAUGCCAAAGUAAAGAAGGGAUUCUUUUUAGUUGGAGGUGAGAGGAGGAAACUCCUUCCUGUAGGCCUCAGAAUAAAGCAGGCUCGAGAUUAGCCAUUAGCAGGUAGCUGGAGAAAUAUGAGUGCCUCAUCUUUAUUUUGUGUGCUGUAAAGUUAUCUUUCUGAAGUCAGUGUUGUGUUAUGAAAGAGACAAGUUUAAUAAACAGAUUCUAUUUUUGUUCAAGCUGUGGCUUGGAAAAGCACCGUAAAUCUCUGAACCAGGAACCCACUGGGUUCUGUGUGCCUGUCACUCUUCCUUCCACCACAUGGUGGUGACACACCUAAGCUGCAGGUCUCCCACGCCAGCGAAUGCAGAAGCCCCACAGACAGGCCCCACGGUGGAGACCGUGACGCUGACUUCCAGGAUGCCUUCGCUUUACCCUUAUAUUGUUCAUACGUUUAGUGCCCAUUUAUUUGGCUGAGGUUCUUCUUUGUGUAAAGGAAUUGCCCUGUGGGCAGGGACUGCGUCCAUCCACCUCUGGGCCAGUCCUGUACCUCAUGGAUUCCCAGUGCCUCUGCCUCAGCUCCAGCAGCUUCUUCCUUAGCUCUAGUCCUGGUCUGGUUAGCUGGCAGCACCCCAUCCAACACUCAGGAACACAUCAACACAGGACAAAAUCCCACUUCUCCUUAGUUCAACUAAGGCAAGGCGGGAGGAUUUGAAAGAGAACUUUUCCUUGGAAACACCACCAAAAUAUACACAAAAGCAUAAAUAAAUGAAUACAUUCACAGAGUUUAGCCUGCUGAACCAGACUUGAGAUAAAACAGCAAGCAGUGAAGACUGGCUAGCGGAGCUUGUGGACUGUCCACAGCCCAGUUUCUUACCCAACCUCAGUCUCUAGCAAUCUUGUAGGGCAGUUUAGCAAAGAUAGCUCAAAUCCUAUCCCAAGAUAGAUUUUAUUUAUAAUUUGUGACCUAUGUAUUCCAAAGAGGACAUGAGUGGUUUACAAUAAAAGAUGUAUGUAUAUAUAAAAUCUCAAAGCUGUUAAAGAAUAGAAAAUGUUUACAUGUAGAAGAGAACGUAAAUAAAAUAUGUCCAAUUCCUAAA